ACAAUGAAAUUAAAAGGUAUAUUCUAGAGUUAUGUAGUUGUCCAACCUCAUAGCCUUCCACUAGGUGGCUGUAUGUACAUCCGAAGUUGCUUGCAAUCCAUUAAUAAUGAUAAGAAGAAGUUAGGGUUGGCCCUAAUCUUAUUUUUAAUUUAAAAAAUUAAAAAUAAAAAUACGGAUGGAUUUGCUCAUAUGAUUAUAUGAAAAUCUGUGUUUGUACCAUAUGAAAAUGUUUAAUAUUUGUAUUAGUAGUAAUAAUAAUAAAUUACGGAUUGCACCCGACAAAACAUUAGAGAAGAAGAAGAAGAAGAAGCUUACGUCAUUCGACGCGACACUUUCCACGGUCGGAGCUGGUGAGUAGCCCCUGAAUCUGUCAAAUAAAAAUGUAGUAAAAAACCUCAAAAGACCGAAAGUCUACAUUUAUAAAUCUGCUGAUGGUAGUUCUAUGAGUUAAUGUUAGCGAGUAUGUGGCACAGCAUGUGUUUGUACAGAUUUAGACACGUUUUUAACCCUAUUUGGUAGAAAAAAAAGCUAGCUAAAGUAGCCUCUUAAAAGCCAGUCACAUUCAAAUGUAGCUGUCCUUCAUACCUUUAAUAACAAUGUGCUAAAAUUUUGUUUUUUUUUUAUUAUUAUUUUAUGCUUCUCGGUGUUACAGUAUUUCUGUCUUCUUUCUGUUCUCUCCCACUUUAGAACCAUGCCUAAAUAUAAGAGCAGUGUCCGUUGUAAGACCAAAAAAAUAAAAGUAACUCGGAAAACCAUCGGUGCUCGGGCGAAAUAUUCCUACAUUCCCUCACAUGCAGGCUCAUCUGACACCAACACUGUUUUUCCCUCAUCACAUGAUAUUUGUACUGAAAACUCAAAGGAAGAAGGGACCGCGUAUACCAGGGCAAAAAGGAAGGAGCUGAGCCUAUGGGAUACACUAAAAGAUCAGGUCUUGGAAGAGUCCUAUAAGUCCUCCGCUCCUUUCUCUGACAUGUGCUCUGUGUGCAAGAAACCUGGAGUAUACCGCUGUCUGGAAUGCAGCAGAAGCAGUGUUUUUUGCAAGGAUUGUGUCUACACAGUACCCAUAAAUUCUUUGCACCUCCCUGAAAAGUGGAAUAAAACCUGCUAUGAGGCUGCUUUCCAGCAGUUGGUGUUGCAUUUAAGUGGGGAUCACAGUACCCAUGUUGUUUACUCCAGAGAUGUAAAGACUUUUGUCAACACAGGUCAUCUCAUUAAUUGCACAGUUUCUUUUUGUAAAUGCGAACCUGAGGUCUGCACUCUUCUGAAGUAUGGCCUUUGGCCUGCUUCACCGGAGAAGCCACAGGCUGCUUUUUCAAUGGCUCUUCUUGAGCUAUUUGUCCAUCUUUCUUUGGAGUGCCAGGUCUCUGUAGAGGGAUUCAUCAACACCUUACGGUGGAAAAACAAUCUUACUGUUAUGGAGGUUAAUAUGCUGUACAGAGCCCUAGUAGGAGAGUCUAUUUCCCAGUUUCGCCAUUAUCACUUCCGACGAAGAGAUUGUUCCAAGAUGGAAGAGGAACUAUGUGAUGAAGCUGACCGAAAUCAACCAGCUCAGAUCCGGAUCACAUAAACAGGAGUCACUCAUUGAAGAUGAAUCACAGCUGGACAGGGAUCUUCGAAUAAUUGAGAGACACCAUGGUGUAAAACGAAGGUGGCUCCCUUCGGAUGACAUUUUCCAGAGAACACUGAGAGAUGUUGACCAGGAACUUAGAGGUCAGCUGAUACGACGAGCACAAAAUGAAGCAAGGGAGAGGACCACUCUUCUCAACCUGAAAAGAAGAUAUAAUGAUGGACAGGGAGUUGCUUUAAGGCUGUCCAAGCAAGUGAAUGCCUGUAACAGGAAACUGAAGAAGAUUGUUACAGAGUACAAUAAUCUGCAGUGGCCUCCACAAACUGGCAUCUUUCCAUCACAUUUAGAAUUUCGAGAAUUGUGUGAUGCCUCCUCCCAGCUGUACACAUUGUUUGAUGAACAAAUUGAAGAUCAUGGUGUUGUUCCAAAGAACCUAAAAAGUCGAGCAAUAGAAGCCCUGCAUUUGAAGACUAGAGCAGCUGAAGAAAAGCUUCUACUUAAGAGAGAGAUGAACACUGUCAUUCUUCACCUUCAUCAACAACAUGGACAUUUAAGUUCAGCUAUAAAUGAUACUGCAGAUCCUGGUUCAAAAGCUGUACUUCAUCAAAACAUUAUCAUGUUAGAAAAGAAAAUGUACAGUGCAAUGAACAUGUUCAAGAGGUUUAUUGAAGUUGGUGCCCCUCCUCCAAAUCAUCACCUACCAGAGUUUAACUCUCAUUCUCAAGCACUUAUGUCUCCAGAUCUACAUUACAUAGACUAUGAUGAAAGCAUUGACGAUGGAGAGGAUGAUGACGACAAUGUUGACGAAGGAGAGAACAGCAUAGAUUGUGAAUCAUCUUCAUGAUUUAUGGCCACUUACUGUCCUAUGUGAAGAGCACAUAUUCCAGUAUAAAAAGUUUAUUGUUUGAUGAUUUUCAUAUAAGCUUUUUGUUCUAACAUCUCAGUUUAUUGCUUUUGAUAUUGUUGAGACAUAUCUGUUUUUUAAGUCAAGCUAUAUAUAAUCAAGGGCAUUUUAGUUUUACUCAUUACAGCUUUGUACUGUUAAUGUUCUUGUUCAGUAUGACAUUGUUAAUGACUAAACUUCAUUUACAGUUUGAAUUUAACUCUUAAUUUUGAGAUGCUGCAUAAUGUGCUUUACAUAAUAUCUUUAAAUUUGGGCACAACAACGAAAUAACUAAAACGUAGUGGACAAAAAUUUUGUGAUGUUCAUAUUUGAGAAAUAUUUGACUGUUAUCCAAGAAUUACAUUAUUUUGAAGGGCACUACUCUGUAUUAAAAAUUCAUUAAGAGCUA